AUGAUAGCUACACCGAGAUUGAUGAAUCAAUCAUCGAUUACCCGUUACCGUAAAUGGUAUGACUUUACCAAGAGGUUAAUACACCGUAAUAUUAAUAAAACCUCUCAAUCAUCUUUAAGAAAGGUUUUUGAUGACCAAGAAUAUUGGGAAAAUGCAAAUUCUUCAACCUAUGACUACUAUCGUGCUAAGCUCAAAGCUGGAAGUAAGUAUUUACUGAACACCGCUAAUGUUCCUGCUGCUGAGACAGGUUUGUUCCAAAAUUCGCUUUUAACAUCACCAAUUGGCCUACAACAGUUCACGAAAAGGUCACGUAAAGAAGCCGAAGACCUUGUGAACCUUAUUAGAACUGAUAUGUCUGCGGAUGGUAUUAGAAACUAUAUUGUUAGGCUCGAUCAGUUGAGUGACAUUUUAUGCCGAGUAAUAGAUCUUUGUGAGUUUAUUAGAGCAGCUCAUCCCGAUGAGAAGUUUGUGACAACUGCUCAAGAGUGUCAUGAACAGAUGUAUGAGGUAAUGAAUAUUUUAAACACGGAUGUAUUCUUGUGGAAACAUCUUAAGAAGGUCCUAUCAGAAGGUAGUAUUCGAUCGCAGCUAACCGAUGAGGAGGUGCGUGUGGGUAUUAUUUUACUCGAAGAUUUCGAGAAGUCGGGUAUAUAUAUGAAUCCUGAGGUUAGAGAGCAAUUUAUACAAUUGGCGCAGGAUAUUAGCAUUGUGGGACAGGAGUUUAAUUCCAAUACUGAAUAUAAUGGAGUUAGUCAUGUGAAGAUAUGCGCGGAAGAGCUAGAAGCUUCCGGCAUGAACCGCAUGUUGUUUAAGGAUAUUCCCAAAGACGUUUAUGGAACUAAAUAUAAAGUUCCAACUACUGGAGGGGUCCCAUAUGUCUUUUUGAGGUCAUGUCCAUCAGAGGCCAUUAGAAAGAAGAUUUGGAAUGCAAUGUAUAGUUGCCCGAAAAAGCAAAUAAAACGGUUGGAGGCACUUAUGACGUUGAGAAAAGACUUGGCUAAAAGUAUGGGCAAGAAGAGUUACGCAGCAUAUCAAAUGGAAGGCAAAAUGGCUAAAUCACCAAAGAAUGUCCAGGACUUUAUCAACACUUUAAUUGCAUACACGAAGCCAUUGGCAACUGAGGAACUAAAACCAUUGGCCGAUAUGAAAAACGAACAUCUGUGCCGUACCUCAACCGAUGUAUUAAGUACUGUUCGUCCAUGGGAUAGAGAUUACUAUGGCUAUCUUCAUUCAAUGUCAAAACGUACAAAUAUCAGCCCGGAAAGUCCCCCCAUAAGCUCUUACUUUUCUCUUGGCGUGGUGCUUGAAGGAGUCUCAGGCUUGUUGCAAAGCAUCUAUGGAAUCAAACUUGUGCCAAUAGUUCCAAAGACGGGAGAAACUUGGGCACCCGACGUUAGGAAACUUCAAGUGGUAUCGGAAACCGACGGAGUAAUUGGAGUCAUAUAUUGCGAUUUGUUCGAACGUACGGGCAAAACCCCAAACCCUGCCCAUUUCACGGUGUGCUGUUCCCGUCACCUUUACCUGGAAGAGAAAGAUCUAUCUAGGAUGCAACUUGGGAGAGGAUCUGAUGGCAAGCUGUUCCAAAUGCCCAUUAUCUCUCUUGUGUGUAACUUCACUCGAAGCAAUAUCGAUGGAAAUUCCGUAUGUCUAUUGCAGUUGAGCGAAGUAGAAACAUUGUUCCAUGAAAUGGGCCAUGCCAUCCAUACAAUGGUUGGUAGGACGGAACUACAGAACACCAGUGGGACUAGAUGCGUCACGGACUUCGUUGAGCUUCCAAGUAUUUUAAUGGAGCAUUUCGCAAAGGACUCCCGAGUGUUAUCAACAAUUUCGAGUCAUUACGUCACUGGGGAGCGGGUGCCUGACGAACUUCUUGCUGAAUAUCAACAAGAGAAACGCUUUUUACAACAUACGGAAACCUUUGCGCAAAUCAAAAUGGCUUCCUUAGAUCAAAAAGUGCACAGCUUCGAAGGUGAAACGGCUGAUGCCGUUAAACUAUACCACGAAGUGGAAAAAGAAUUGCAAGUAUUGGCUGAUACUGAGAGUAACUGGUGUGGUAAAUUUGGGCAUUUAUUCGGUUACGGAGCCACUUACUACAGUUAUUUAAUGGAUCGCGCAAUUGCAGCUAAAAUUUGGAAUUACCUCUUCGAAAACGAUCCAUUCAGCAGAGAAGGAGGUGAAAAGUUCAAAAACAGUGUACUCAAAUGGGGCGGUAGCAGAGAUCCAUGGCAUUGUAUUGCUGACGCAUUGGAUGAACCACGCCUAGCUGAAGGAGACCAAUGGGCAAUGAAGUAUAUUGGUGAAGUUGAAAACAUGUAA